UCGGAUAAUGAUCCAGAGAAAGAGAAGAAAAAUAGAAAAAAGAAGCAAAACAUAGCAAAUGUGGCAUUGAUUUAGUGCAUAUUUAACUAGUUAACUACUCCAUACAACAAGCUUGGGCGCGCUUUCACGUGGUAUCGCCACGGCGGUUCAAUUUUCAGUCUCAUUCGUUCUUCCCUAACUCUCGCGCAAAAGGGUCAAAAGCAUAUAUAUACAUGUCACGGAUUCAUCGCAUGAAAAUUAUAGAUCGAUAUAUGCAUAUUUCCGUUGUACAGUAUUCUCGAUAUCUCAGCAAUUGCCGCUCAAUUCUCAUACCUCAUAGGGUGGGAAUCAAACCAACACAUCCACCCCAUUCCCUCCUGAGAAGACCAAUGCCUCCAAAACGGCGCCAAUCGACGACUGUUGUCGCGACCGCUACGCCCAACGAACUUAGUCAAAAUGAUGCCAAAAAGCCACGAUUGAGUAGCCGGAACCCUGUUUCACCUGUAGCACAAACGGCUGCCUCUUCGCGACCUAAACGCGCUAGUCGCGCGCACGCUGGAAAGGAAUACUCAGCAUCAGAGCCGUCCGAAGGUAUUAGGAAACGGGCCAGCGGUGCCAAUGCCGGGAAAACGAAACAGGAAGAAGCUACAACAAAGGCAAAACAACAUGGAUCUGGAGCUGUUGUAUCAUUGAACGGCAUAGAGACCGAACCAAAAAACAAAAACACAGUAGAUGAGACCCAGGAUGAAGCAGACGACACGAAAUCCUACUGGCUGAUGAAAGCAGAACCGGAAUCAAGGAUAGAGAAGGGCAUCGAUGUCAGGUUCUCUAUCGAUGAUUUGCGAGGGGCGAGUGAGCCAGAGCCUUGGGACGGCGUACGAAACCCAACUGCGCGAAAUAACAUGCGCGCCAUGAAGAAAGGAGAUUUGGCAUUCUUUUAUCAUUCAAACUGCAAGGUUCCUGGAAUAGCUGGAAUCAUGGAAAUUGUCCGGGAACAUUCUGUCGACGAAUCGGCAUUCGACCCCGCACACCCAUAUUACGAUCCAAAGUCGAACCGCGAGAAUCCUAAAUGGGAACUUGUUCACGUGGAGUUCAGGCGAAAAUUCAGGGAUCUUAUCACACUGGCUGAGCUGAAGUCGUUUGCGAAACCAGGCGGACCGUUAGAGAAUAUGCAGAUGAUGAAGCAAUCGCGGUUAAGCGUGUCUGCCGUGAAUGGUAAGGAGUGGAAAUUCAUCAUGGGUUUGGCUGGAGAGGAGUGAGGGGGAAAUUUCAAUCGACUUUCUGUUUGACUCGGGAGGCUGGCUCCUAACGUUUCGGAAUUUGUCAUAUGUACUUGGCAUAAACUGCGGUAUAAUACUUUCUAAGUUUGUCUUGGUGAAUCCGUUCCAUUUGUUACGGAAACUCAUUAUCCAACUAUCGUAAGAUCAGCCCAUAUAUUUAUCACCCCGAUUGCCCAGCAAAGGCCUUAUUUGCAAUUUUAAGACCUCAAUCUGUUAAACGUUUUGGCCCCUAGCCUCCUGGCUCAGGUUUGUAUAUUUCAGGAUAUGUACGAGGAGAACCACCAGCCUUCUGGCACCGUAGGCUGAUGCCUGUAGCUGCGGAAUCACGAAUUCUCUUUAUACAGCACGGGCCACAUAUUGGAUAUCUUUCAAGUUGUUGGGCGCAAAGCCCAGAGUCUAAUCGGCAACAACUGCAGCCGUUGAGGCAUCCCACUUUGUUCCUCUGACCUCAGCACUUUAAGCCCAGCCUCCGCAAACAACUUUUUAAAUUUACUUUCAGUUCUAGUAACCGUGCUAUCCACAGCAUCAUAGUAGUCAUUUGCAGUGUCCGAGUUGAGAUUUUCCUUGAGAACCAGCAACCCCUUUUCAGAGAGCGCACCUUUGCACCGGACGAGAUAUUCCACCAACUGCGCAUCCGUAAGAUGAUUCGCGCAC